UGUUUGCUCUUCCCCACGUUAUCACCGCAGCUAUGACCAUGGGCAAGGUAAAUCUGCUUGGGUUGCAGAUCAUCUUCUAUGAGGAUAGGAACUUCCAGGGCCGUUCCUAUGAGACCAGCAGUGACUGCGCUGACAUGUCCUCUUACCUGAGCAGGUGCCUCUCUUGCCGGGUGGAGAGCGGCUGCUUCAUGGUCUACGACCGCACAAACUACAUGGGAAACCAGUUCUUUGUCAGGAGGGGGGACUACUCAGAUUACCAGCGCAUGGGCAUGAGUGACUGCAUCAGGUCUUGCCGCAUGAUCCCCAUGCACAGAGGCCAGUUCAGGAUCAAGAUAUUUGAGCAGGAGAACAUGAGCGGCCAGUCCAACGAGCUGCAGGAGGACUGCGAGAACAUCCCAGAACGCCUUCGCAUGAGUGAAUGCUUGUCCUGCAGCGUGUUGGAUGGCCACUGGCUGCUGUUUGAGCAGCCCAGCUUCAGGGGCAAGAUGAUAUACCUGAGGCCUGGCGAGUAUAGGAGCUUCAGGGACAUGGGCAUAAACGGCACUCGCGUCAUGAGCAUGAAACGCAUCAUGGAAUCCUGCUCUUAGAAGCAACUGUGUAGCAAAACAAGAUUUGAAAUAAAAAUCACUUUAGAAU